AUGUCGAAUCAUCAUGAUGAUGAACCGUUAUUUCCAAUUGAAAUAGGUGAACAUAGAUAUCCAUUAAAUGAUACUCAACAAACAUUAAAUAAUGAUAAUAAUUUAACAAUAAUCGAUACUGAUGAUGAUAAUCGAUUUGUUGUUAAUGAUACAGGUGCUGAUUCAUCUCAAACCAAUGAAGUUGAAACAGUACAAAUAACAGAAAAUACUGUUAAUCCACAGGGUGAACGAGUUUCACCACAUGAUUUUCAAUUAUUAAAAGUAUUAGGUAAAGGUGGUUAUGGAAAAGUUUUUCAAGUCAAAAAAGUAUGUGGUAGUCAUCAAGGUGAAAUAUUUGCUAUGAAAGUUCUUAAAAAAGCCACAAUUGUUCGAAAUGCAAAAGAUACUGCUCACACAAAAGCUGAAAGAAAUAUUCUUGAAUGUGUUAAAUGUCCAUUCAUUGUCGAUCUAAUUUAUGCAUUCCAAACGGGUGGUAAAUUAUAUUUAAUACUUGAAUAUUUAUCGGGUGGAGAAUUAUUUAUGCAACUUGAAAGAGAAGGAAUAUUUAUGGAUGAUAUGGCUUGUUUUUAUUUAUCGGAGAUUCUAUUGGGAUUAGAGCAUUUACAUAAACAAGGAAUUAUUUACAGAGGUGAGUAUCUUAAACCAGAAAAUAUUCUACUAGAUGCUCAAGGUCAUGUUAAAUUAACUGAUUUCGGUUUAUGUAAAGAAUCAAUAUAUGAAGGUGGACAGACAAAUACAUUUUGUGGUACGAUUGAAUAUAUGGCACCAGAAAUAUUAACAAGAAGUGGUCAUGGCAAAGCAGUUGAUUGGUGGUCAUUUGGUGCACUUAUGUAUGAUAUGUUAACGGGUGCUCCACCAUUCACAGCCGAUGAUCGAAAACGUACAAUGGAUAAAAUUAUUAAAGCAAAAUUAGUUAUACCAGCAUAUUUAACUAUCGAUGCAAGAGAACUUAUUCGAAAUUUACUUCGUCGACAAGUUAGUCAUCGACUUGGUAGUGGUUCAGAAGAUGCUGAAGCAAUUAAAAAUCAUUCAUUUUUUCGUCAUCUUAAUUGGGCAGAUGUCUAUGCUAAACGAUAUGAUCCACCAUAUAAACCUAUUCUUAAAAGUGAUGAUGAUGUUAGUCAAUUUGAUACAAAAUUUACAAAACAAACACCCGUUGAUUCACCCGAUGAUAAUAUGUUAAGUGAAAGUGCUAAUCAAGUUUUUCUUGGUUUUACUUAUGUUGCUCCAUCAAUAAUUGAUGAUAUGAGUCGAUUACAUUAUUCAUUAAAUACUGGACAUCGAUCACCAAGAAAACUCUUAGCACCUGAUACAGCUUCUCAAACGUUUCAUUUCAAAAUGUCCGGAUCAAAUGGUGUAAUUGAUCCAGUAGGUGCAGCAUCAGUUGAAGCUAUGGAUACAAGUGAUGUUUCAAAUCCCAUAUCAUCAUCAUCUUCAUCUCGAUUUACAGUCAAACCAUUGACAAAUAUCAAACAACAACCAAACAAAUCAAUGAGUCCAGUUAAUCCCGGUCCUCCUCAAUGA